AUGAGAUGGCUGAAGUCUCUACCUCCAGGAUCUAUCACUACUUGGGAGCAAUGCAGAGCUAUGUUCUUGGACAAAUUCUACACCAAGCACAAGACGGUUAGUUUGAGGAGUAAGAUCACAAACUUUCAGCAAAAUACCUCUGAGCCGCUGAGUGAAGCUUGGGCAAGAUUCAAGGAAUAUCAAAGAGAGUGUCCACAUCAUGGGUACUCAGAUGAGCAUAUCCUCAACAUCUUCUAUGAUGGAGCAAACUGGAACGUCAAAAACUCUCUCAACGCAGCCAGCAAUAGAGACUUUAUGACAAGAACCCAGGAGGAAGCUUACACAUUGAUAGAAAAUCUUGCCACAAGCUCCAGCAACCAAAAUGAAGAAUAUGGUAGAUCGCGAAAAGGCGGCAAUUCAGAAAUCAAGAAGCUGGAAGAGAUGUGCGCAAAGAUCGAUAUGCUUAUGCAAAGGGAUCAAAGGGUUGAACAGCAGGCUGUAAUCAACUAUGUGAACGGACAGAACCUUGAUCAGCAAGCUGCAGUGAACUACGUUGGUGGACAGAACUAUGUGCAGAACAAGGGACUAUAUCAAAACUAUCCACAUCAAUCAGGAGGACAAGGACAACAGUUUCAACCACAAGCCUACAGACCAAACCAAGGACAGCAAGGAUAUCAAAACCAAAACUACGGGCAGAACCGACCUUUUGGGCAGAGCUUGGGACAAAACCGAUAUCAGAACUCUAAUUACAACCAAGGAGGAUUUCAGCAGAAGCAACCUUUCAAUUCCUUUCAACCAAAGAAUCCAACACAGUUUCAAACCGGUGAAAGCUCUGUUCCAGCUGCUAAAGAAUCUAAGGUUGAGUCAAUGCUCCAACAAUUGAUGCUCAACCAGCAAAAGACAGCUUCUGAAAUAAACACAAAGGUUGAUAACAUCAAUGUGAAGGUUGAUACCAUGUUCCAAGACAUGAACAACAAAUGGGAGUCUCUUUCAGCACAUGUCAAGAAGUUAGAGACUCAAGUCUCCCAAACUGCUGAAGCUGUCCAAAGACCUACUGGAGUUCUUCCUGGAAGAGGUGAACACAACCCAAGGAAUGAGUUUGUGAACGCUAUCACUCUAAGGAGUGGGAAAGAGCUGGUUUCUAAAGAAAAGAGAAGCAUGCCCGCUGACGAAAAAACUGCACAGAUUGAAGAACCCACUGAGGUACAAGCUGAAGAGGCGGAAGCUGCUGAAAACAUACCGCCUAUGGUUCGAGUGUACACCCCUAAGCUGCCUUACCCAGUGAAACAGAGGAAAUCUCGCAGAGAUUUGGAGGCAGCUAAGUGCAAAGAGAUGGUGAGCGAGUUGAAUGUGAAGCUCUCGUUUGAAGAUGUUGUUGAAAUGAUGCCUGCCCUGAAGAGAUAUGUCAAGAGCUUGGUGACUAACAAAGCCUCACCUAAGGAGAAUGUUAUGUCUAUCUCCAAAAGAUGUAGCACACUACUUCAGAACAGAGCACCAGAGAAGAUGGAAGAUUCUGGGAGUUUUGUGUUAUGA